UGAGGAAGGGUACUACAAUUUCCACUUGACCACAUGCUUUGACAGUGGAGGGAGAUGCCUGGUAAUUACAAGAAAGUGUCGCUGAGUCGAGGUUUGCAAGCUUCGGAAUAAACGCUGCGUCGAUGCCCUCGUUCGAUAGGUCGAAGAAACUGAAGAGUGUUGCGAUGGUGGGACCGAUCGAGUUCGUGAAGAAAACACCAUGCUACAAAGUCGCGGGCUUUAAAGUGAAGGUGAACAAAGAUUUGGAGUUGUCGACACCCUUCGUACCGAUGGGCACUGCGAAUGACGCGCUGACGGACAUUCUUAGGACACACAAGCACGGGGAGUCUAGGCAAGGAACACUGCAAUCCGCUCUCACUGCUGGAAUGCGAAUUGUUGAAUGUGGCACAAGGGGGAAGAAAGUCUCACAAUCUGGGAAGGUCAGCGCCAGUGAAAAAUUUCAUGUUCCCGAAGGCCCGGGCACAAAUGGUGGUGCUCAAGAUGGGUGUUCACGUCGAAGGGAGAAAAACAAGAAAGCAUCCAAAACUGAUGAGACGUCAUCUUUGUCUGGUUCUCAGUCGCGACUUCCCGCCGCAGCUUCGUCAUGUGACAAUGACGGCAACGAUGAAGAGAAAACAGAAAGUGACAACCGCGAUGUGCAGUCGUCUGGCAACCGUUCUCCUAAAAGGAUUGGCAGGGAUGAUGAUGAUGACAAACAGUCAGCUGAGAAGGGUGAGGGGGAAGGCAGUUCGAGCGAUGAUGAUAGGGAGGAGAGUGAAGAUGAUGGGGAGCAGGGUAAGGACGAAAGUGAGGAGCGCGAGGGAGAAGGGGGGAAGGGCGAGUAUGAAGACAACACACGGACCGAUGAUGGAUUCUCUGCAAGAUGGCAUGUUAAUAAAGACAAGGGUAAGGAGAGCGAAGGGGAUGGCAGCAGUGGGGACAAAGAAGAGGACGGCGUCGGAAUCGGCACACAACCAUCAUCAAACUCUCGCAAAAGAAAAAUGGAGGCAGGAAGAUACGAUGGAGCAGAGCAGAGUCGGACAAAGUUGCUUAGCCUAGGCGCAUCUCACAAUGCAUUCGUGCAACACUUAGAAAGGGAAUGCGAGAAAUCUGCAAAAGACAAGCGGGAGUGGGAACGACACACCAAGAAGGGGAAGAAGACAGUUAGGGUCGAAGGAACAAAAGAGGUCGCUGACUCUGGUGAUGAAGGAGUUGGGGUUGAUCCGAGAGACGACACCGUGAAAGCCGGAAAGUUACCGUUGCCAACCUUCGACACCACAACAUGUUUCUUCCUCCAAUACGACGAUGAUGGAAAUGCAGUGGAACGACCUCAAGAGAUAUACGUCGACUGCAUGAGAGUUUUGCCCUGCCCUGUCGGUGGGCGUGUGCAGUACAUUCACAGACCGUUGAAUGACAUGUUGGUCGUUUCUAUCAUCAGAGUGAUGGAGCUGCCAGAGAAGAAAGGAGAGUGGGACAGGGCCACAUGGAUAUUGGCCCCUGUAGAGGAGGUGAAUGUUGAUGGUGAAAAGCAGUGGGCGCGGGUGAGACCUGAGCGUUUCCGCGCGGAUCACGUACACACAUACCAUUGGUAUGCGAUCGGUGGACAGCACACGGCAGAGGCUUGUUGUAGACUGGUUGCAGCCAAUUCGCCCGCUGCACAAAAAUGGGGUGUGCAUUCAUGGCAUGCUCGUGCUGUCUAUUUCGACGACGACCAUCUGGAUGGCUAUGCUCAUAUUUCGACUUUCGAUAAUACAAGGGAGACACGAGCUAUCCCGGAUUCAUUCCGAGUGUCGGUGAAGAAUAUAAGAGACUUGUGGAGUGAUAUGGGGAUGCCUUCAGGCGAUUGGCAAUACGYAYCGCYGGAAGCAGAUAAAGAAACYAUGAGGGAGAACUAUCARAAGUUCAURCGCARAGCGGUCCGACUAACUGCCGACGCAGAGCUUCGGAGUCAAACACUGAAGMYGACGUACAAWACGAACUGGACAAACUUAGUGAGAUCACAUCUGACAUUGGCAACAGUUGGAAACAAAGUAUGGGGACUSCUAAACCGAUUCUUUGACUCGUGGGAGGCAGGACUGUUGCCCGACAAGACAGGCGUGCCUCCAGUGGAUCAGCAAGGAAAACAAGUCGCGAUAGCAGGUCCAGGUCCAUGUGCGCUUACAGUAAAAGGCAAGAAGGAGCUUGUGCACUACGUUCAAUCGAACAAAUCGCCUAAUGGGUAUUACGUCUGCAUUAGAGAUCCUCCGCAAARUGCAUGGAAGGUGWUUGGCGACUUGACUGYYARGGAAAAGGAGAUKGUGUUAGAUAAGAUAUUGGAYYGCCAGGUGGUUGUCACAACGGGUCGAACGUUCAACARGAACUUGCUUAACAUGGAUGAUAUUCGGGUGGAAGUUCGGCGUGAGAAAUACAUGAUACACCUCUUCAAUUAUGUAGUUUUCAAGACGGAAGGUCGCAAKGAGGAGGAGUGGAAUGAUGCRUUCUUCKGCGGUUAUUCACAAAUAAUGAAGAGAUUUGGCCCRUUGGGACUUACAAAGGAACAAUGGKAGGAAAAUAAGAGGAAGGUGCCAGCUCACAAGGCCAAAGAUGUGCCAAAACGUCUGGGUGGCAUCGAUGAGCCAAAGGUGGGGAAAGUAGGAGGGUACAAAUUGACGCUCAUGAAAUAUACCGAGUGUCCAUAUUAUUUGAAGGAGUUUAUGCAUGAAGUGAUCGGUGUCAUUGAUCAACUAAGGAACGAGUUGCGGGGCAUAAGUGCGAAAGCGCGAUACAUAAUGUGGGAUAGAAAUAAGGAUCACACAACGUUUCUUCCCGUUUGCUUGGCACCGUACGAGGCACGGCAACCAUCAGAGGAAAUCACACGUGCUGUCAAAAAGUUGAAUUGUCGCGUUGCGGUCCUCGACAUUUGCCCACGUAAGUCCACAACGCCACAAGACUGGUCAGACGGGAGAUUUGUUGAACUUCCGGAGAUGAUGAACACGUUUUGUGGAACGGAUUGGGUCAUUAUCAUAUUCUCAACGUUGAGAUUGGAGCAAACAGUGUUGAAGAACGUGUUGCGGUGGGAUCACGUGAAAGUGGUAACAGGUCGUUGGGAGAGACAUUUCGGUAAGGACCAGUAUGUUGUUUCGACUGGUAAUCUUCCAUUGCGCCCUCAGGACUGCAUGACCGUUGUCAUGCAUGCGGCCGACAAUGACUUCAAGAAGGUCACUGUGCAGCCUCCGAACCAUGUCACCUGGUUUGAUGAUAAUAUGAAAGAGGAGUUGUUCGUGCAAUGCACGAAUGAACAUGUUGGGAUAUCAGGCGACACAAAAACCAUAUAUGGGCAGUGGGAGAGAGAGCCGAAGAGAGUGAAGGACCUGUGCAAAUGGUUUGCAAAGGAAGGCGAAGACGAGCUGGAUGCGGGUGAGCACUUCGAUGUACUUGACAGCGAGGAAGAAACGACAGAUGAUGAUAUAGAUUUGCCGAUGCCUUGUGCUCAAGAAGAGGUCCAACAUACAUUGGAGGGCAUUGAUGAUCGUCAGCCAAUGGAGUGGACAAAAACAAAUCUCGUCCCAAGUCGGGAGAGCAUUCGUGGUGGGGAAGAGAGGUUGUACUGCACAAGAAUGAAGCGGAGCGUAGCAAACGAUCUCCAGGGCCAAGAUUGUGCAGGUGAUGUGAGCAAGAACAACUGCAAUGAAGGGUUGGAGCCACAAGCGACAUCAUCGAGAGGAAAUGAGCCACCGCUCCAAUCAAAAGCCAAGGAAACUACUGUAAAAUAUCCAGGGAUACUGACUCAGCUGGACACUGUAUAUGCAAGCAUGGGUCUGUCGAAGCUCCCAAGAGACAAGCACUGUAAUCUGAACCGAGAGGAGAAUGCGCAGCCUGGCGGGAUGGACGACAACACCAUAAAGUUCACACUUCCCCAUGAAGAGGACGAAAAAUUGAUGCCGGGGGAUAAAAUUCGGGAGGAUAUGAAGGAGUUCACCGGAGGCCCGCACUUCCUGAGCCACAUUGGGACAUUGGUUGAGACAGAAGACCACCAGUGGGGCCAUCAUAUAUUAUGGCACCCGACAGUUUUCGAGCCCUGCGUGUGGAACGGGAAAUGGCACAUGGCUUUGUUCAUCGUUGAUCGCAAGGGAACAAGUUCGUAUAAAGUGCGGGAAGCCAACGACGGAUCAGAUUGCCUUGCACAACAGGCAUAUGCCGACACACUUUUCGAGAAGCUGCGCGGGGAAAACUUGCUCGAGUACAGUGCAAACUUUUACGAUCUUGAUUCCAGCGUGUCGAACUGUCAUGUCCAAUGGAAGCUCGCAAGUCGCGAACCGGGCCACGAGUUUGAAGGCGACAUACAUCUUGGUAGCAGUCAACAAUUGGCUGAAGAAGGUGGCCACGCUUCGACAAGUGGAGUGAGACUUCCACUCGCGAUCACAGUGCAGAGUGAUGACCACGCUCAGGAGAAUUUGAAGAUGGAGAUUUAUGUUGGUGACAAGGACGAAACAAUAAGAGAUACGACGCGGGCUGAAAAUCAAUCAUUGCAGCAUGCAUCGCACCAAGAAGAAUCUAUGGUGGACAAAGAGUCGGCGAAACACUUUCUAACAAUGACAUCCCCUAAGGUCUGCAGGGGAUCGGGAACACAAAUGGUCACAGAAUCAAGCUCCAUGCAAGGAACUGAGAUGACAAGAGAAGAGACCUUGCCGCAUCAGGAGGGAAGAGAAGGUUUGCCAGGGGGCAUACCUGAUUUGAUGCCUGGGCUGCAGUCUGAUAGCGACGCCCCGCGUGCUAUGCAAGGACAAGAGGAAACAUUCAAAGAAGGUGGUGAAGUUAGUAUGCAGCGGAUUAGUGAGUCGUAUCAAGAGGAAAAGCGCAAGAGGGCGGAUGAUGACGAUGUCAUUGACAUCAGGACACAAUCAGGUGAGCAGCGGGAGCAUAACAAGGACAAAGAGGGGAGACAGAAUGAGAAUGAGGAAGAGGAACACCGCCAUGAUAUACAGCAUAAGAAGAUGAAAUAAGCAAUGAGAAGUCAAGGAAAGGGGACACCACAGACAAUGUCGUGCCUAGACAUU